UGACAUUGACAGAUAGAUUUUCUAUAAGAAAAGCAAUAGGAAAUGGGAGUACUUUUGUUAUUUACUUAAUUUUUUUAAAUAAAAGUGUUUUCUUUACGAUGUACAAUUGAAACUGUCAUUAAAUAAUGGCCGCGGCAAACGAAGACGAAAUACUAGAAGGUUUUCUGUGCCCGAUAUGUAAAGCAGACUUGAAAUCUGCCACUCAGUUAACGAAUCACUUUGAGAGUUUACACCAGGAAGAACAGGACGUUCUUAAAUCUCUGAAGGAAAUAUUCGGCAAAGCAAAGAAAAUAAUCUUAAACAAUGAUGAAACAGAGUUGAAAGAAACUUUUGAUCGGGCGUUAAAAUUUAAUUCGCAAGAAUAUUAUUAUCCUCAUGAAGAACAAUCAUUAGGUGUGUCUCGCAGUUCUACUGAUUACUUUAGAGGUGUAAGGUCAGCACGACUGGAAAGAUAUGCAACAGAAACUAAUAAACUGCUUAUACGCUUAGAUAAGCUUAUGUGCAAUAUGCCUAGUGAACCAAAUCAAAGGAAGGCAUUUGAACAAGAGAUUGUUCCAUGGCUAGAUGGUUCUUCCGUGAAACUAUGUCCCAACUGUGCUAAAGCCUUCAACCUGACAAGACGGAAGCAUCACUGUCGCCUCUGUGGCUCUCUACUCUGUCAUGAUUGCUCUGUCUUCCUUGAUUUAACUGUGGCAAAAUCAAUUGUCGAUCCGUCCAUACCGCAAACAUCACAACCAGAGCAUGAAGUUACCGAGAAGAAUGGACUACGUCUUUGCGAACAUUGCUACAAUCUGAUAGAGUUACGUAAACAGAUCCAAGAGAGACGUAAUAUGAAGACAGCUCUUGUUACCACAUAUGAGCAAAUGAGGAGUUUGAUGGAUCAAGCCAGGCCGGCUGUUGCUAUGUAUGAGUAGAUGUGUCAAAGUCUUUUUGAUGGAGAGACAACAUAUAACUUGGGGGAUGUGAACGCGAUGCGCGGGAAAAUAGGCAAGUUGGCGGAGGGCAUUGACCUGCUGAGUAAGCAGAUAGUGUCGCAGCCCGCGGAGGCCGGCUCGCGCCAAGCUCGCCUGCACAACUCUAUACGACAGGCAGCGGCGCAUUAUAUCAAGGAAGAUCUGUUAUCUCUGCGCAAGUUGCCAACAGAAGCGCAGAUAGAGGAAGUGCGCAGAGCGCGGUACGAAAGAGCGCAGAAGCAGAUACAGUUGGAAAGAGAACGGAGGGAGAGAGAGAGAGUGUGGAGAGAAGAGUCCGCGGCGAGCGGGAGCCGCGUGGAGCACGCCGACGUCGACGAAAACAACCCACUUAUUGAACAAAUGAAUAUAAUCAGAGGAUAUAUAAAAGAUGCGAGGAAGGAACUGAGAUUUGAAGAGGUGGCCAUUUUGGAAGCUAAUUUAAAAGAACUGAAGAAAGAAUAUCAACUACAAAUGCUCUCAAACAAGCCCUAGUCAUUCCGUAUAUAAUAUAAGCGUAUUAUUUAAUACAAGACUAAACAUAAUUUAUAAUUUUGUUAUUUAAUAUAUUCCUAGUCUAUAAGCUUA